GUAAUUUCGCGGUGGAUGUCAUGGCGUUCGGGUAUGUACAUACGCGGUGCACGGGACGGGUGUAAACAAUGACAUAACUAUCAGAUAGGUGUGCUCAGUUGGUCUAUUCAAGUCUAUUGUAACAACGAAAAAUUCAGUAGACUAGAGCAUGGAAAUUCCCGUUACAAAACAGCGCGGGAAGUGCAAGAGGAAGCGACUUUUGAAGAAACGGCUGCGCGAACGGCUCAAGCGUAAGGUUAGGUCCGCGAAGUAUCGGAUGGUUGAGGUUGAGAUGGUUGUCCCCGAAUAUAAUGUCACCAAUGCACGCGAGACAUUAACGUCGGGCACGAUGCAGGCAGAGUCUUUCUGGAAGAAUUACGCGGUGGCCCAGGAAUGGCAGAAGCGACACAACAUAACCUGGUGGAGAUCACGUUGCGUCGCUCUCGAGCACGAGAAUAAAUUACUGCGCGACAAGGUUAGAUUUUUAGCUCAACGUCGCGGCUAUCGCGAUACUCCGCAGGAUAGGUAUCAGAAUUACAGUGACAAUAAAGCUCGGAAAGAAAAUUAUGCAAAGCUCGAUACGAGUGAUGAUAAUCUAGAAUUCAACGUGACCGAGGACAUGCUGAACUUUUUCGAGACGAGCGAAAGGCAUAAGCGGGAAAUGCGGCAAAAGCGCGGAUCUGGUAGGGACGUGCAUGAGAAUUCGGAAGAGAUAUCCUUUAUCGGCGCCACUGAAAGAGCCCGGAUGAAAAAGGAAGAGGCCAAACUGCUCUACGGCGACGCCGGCUCCAAAAUAUUAACGAUGGAAACCACUUUGCAAAGCAUGAUCGAGCGACACGAGGAUACAGCAAAUCCACAAUAUUGGCCCAAUAUUCCUCUUAGACCUUAGACCUUAAUUAAUCUAGUGCUCUAUGAGAUGCAAUAUGUAUUUUGAGUGUGUAUGUGUGUGUGUGUGUGUGUGUGUAUGUUUGGUUAGUUCCUGUCGUCAGAAUUGAAGGGACGAUAUAAUCAUGAUGUCCACGAUGCAAAAACAAUAAUGGCAAAGAAACAGCGAUCAUCCCGAUUGUGAUGCAUUCGAUGGUUACAACAAAAAAAUCAGUAACGGGUGAAUACGUAAGCGGCCCCAAACAGACUCUUGAUAUGUGUUUUGAAAAUAAACUUAUGAAUGUAUUUUUACAAAUCCGAAGCAUCAAAUGUUUCCUGUUUGUAUUCUAAAAACUAAAUCCAAAAUGUCUCUGUUUUCCGUUAGUGCAAGGGACGAUCAAUAAACAUUGUUGCCAUCACUUGUAUUAUGAAAACCAACUAGUUUUAAUAUUGAAAAAAACCAGAAAUAACCACUUAAUUUAAAACUAACUGAAAAUAACUAACAUAUUUCAUUUAUUAGUAAACAUAUAAAAAAUAAUUUUAAUAAAUGGAUUUUUAUUAUAAACUUUUAUUAUAUAAUUAUUAUAUAUACGAUAAUACAUAUUUUUAUUAUUUUAAAGUAAUUUUUAAGAUGUUACCAAGGUAUGCACAAGAUAUCACAAGAUUGCACGGUAUCGCUAAUGGUUUACAACAUCACAAGUGUGUAAACUACAGAUUCUUAAGUUGUAAUUAGAUUAGAGAUCGAGAUUGGAAAGUAGUUUGAAUGAAGCACAAUUAACUAAACUUAAAGGUUGUUUUCUUUCUUCAGAUUAAUUAAAUUCCAAUCCCAUUAAUAAUCUGUAGUCUGAUUACUGUUUUACAAAAUUAAUAGAAAACAAACAAAUGAAAUGCUUUCUUAAUAACUUACAAAUUAAAAUUUCAUCCUCACCUCAGUGAGUGUUUCAUUAUACGACGCUUUUGUUCCUAUUAAAUUGAUCAUCACAUCAUUUGGCAAUUCAUAAGUAUAACAGUCAGUUUUUAAUUUACGUAGACUUGCUCUUAUCACUAAUAUGCUAUUAAUCAAAUUUAUUUUCAUACGAUUUCUUGUUCCUAAUUAUAUUCAACUGGCUGAAAACACGAACAAUUUCGGCAUUUGAAUGCGGAAGAGAUGAUAUGCUUAUAGCUACCUUCAUGGUGGAAGGAAUAGUAUAUGGGAUGUUAUACUUCCACCAUGGCUACAUCUGCUAAUUCCGUGAAUGGACAAGAAUCACUUAAAUCUUUAUAUGAUUUUACUUUAAUUCAUAGUUUAAAGGUGGUACAUACAUGCAUUCCAUUUCACAAAAGUCAACUGUUUCCGAUGUCUUUUUAUUUCUGUGAUGUAAUCUCUUAUUUGGAGAAAAGGCAAAA